UGGCACUCAUAUCAUCUAUGAGAACUUUAUUUUGGGAGCACCACGGUCAUCUGAAGGUCUCAUCAGUAGAGAGAGAAUUCUGCAGAUAUCUUUUAGCUGUGUUUACCCCCAAACCCAAACACUUUCUAUGAUAGAAAUCAACCCACUGGAGAGUCGUGUGCACAAGAAUCUUGUUGGUCAAGGGAUGUAUCAGGUCCGAAUGAUCCCAUAUCAUGAUGUUGGGUUUUCUCAGCCCUUCAAUGGUAGUGUGGAUCCAGAACUCAACCAGGAGAUUUUUGUUGAGGUUCGUGUUGAUGGGGUUGACAGUCGACAGUUGGUGACAGUGAUUGACACAUGUUGGGCUACACCUGUGAAUGAUCCAGAUUACAGUCUGCGCUGGGAUCUCAUCACUGGAGAAUGUCCAAAUCCACAUGAUAACACAGUGAAGCUUCUUCAGAAUGGUGUCUCAACAUCCAGCCGUUUCUCCUUCAGGAUGUUCGUCUUCAACUCAAACUCCACUAAAGUUUACCUGCACUGUGCUGUUCAUCUUUGUAUUCAGGCCAACAAUUACUGCUCAGCGGACUGUGUCUCUGGAUAUCACCAGAGGGUCAGCAGGUCUCUGGACUUCUGUGACAGUUCUUCUAUAUCAAUGGGUCCUUUCGUCUGGUCUGAUGGAAAUGCAGACAAAUGGACCCCAAAAAAAGGGCCAUGGUCCGGAGCUCCAGGUCUGAGUGGUUGUUUGAUGAUACUGCUGGUUUCACUCCUGAGUGCCUGCACCAUCUUCUAGGACGUCUCCACAAU